CCCGUACAUGUGCGUGCAGGCUAAAAACAGACGAAAAUGUCUGCAGACGACGCGAAGUCGGACCCCAGAACCGUGGCGGCGGACAUCAAACGGAAGGCUAAGGAGGUUCUACAGAGCAGAGAACACGCCAACAACAUUACGGACAUCCUGGAGACGGCACAGUCAUCUGAAGAUGUGGUUGUGGCUGCCAGCCUCUCGGCACUACAGAAAAUCUUCUGCACACUUCUGGGGAGGAAGGAGGUGUACAGGGGCAAGCUGAAGAGCUCCGAUGAAGAGCUAGCAGACCCAAAGCAGCAGUACAGCCGGUGGUUGGGACAGUGUUACAUGGAUGCACUGGACAUUCUACUGGUACAUCUGUCUACUCACAACAACUCAGACAUAAAGGAGCUUGCCCUGUUGGCUCUGUUGAAGUUGAUAUCAGCCGAGGGGAAACACCCGACAUCCAAGUCUGGGGGAGACCAGUCCAACUUCCCUCUAAGGCUGUUCCAGCUUAUCAUAGACAAGCUCAUGUCCUGUGAGACAGAUCAGAGCGCUGUGAUUGGUCGGUUCCAGGACUACUUUCAGUACGAUGACAUCAGACUGUUCACCUUUGUAUCCCUCCACAAGAACCUCAGGACGGUCACCAAGGAGUUUACACGGCAACCCCCUGACACCUACCUCCACAAUGUGCACACCUUGCUGAGUCAGGUACAGAUGCCUGUAGAGGGGGACCAACUCAACAACCUGUACGUCUCACCUACAGACCCAGAUGCAGAGUGCAGAGCUAAACAGAUGAAGGAGCAAAGAAGAGCAUUCACAAAUGCCUGGCUGAGCUUCCUGAAAAAUAAGCUGCCCACCAGCCUGUACAGACAGGUGCUGUUGACGUUAGACCAGGCUGUCAUCCCCCACAUGUCCAGCCCCAAGCUGCUCAUCGACUUCUUGACUCAGUCAUACAACGUUGGAGGAGCUAUCAGUCUCCUGGCGUUGAACGGACUGUUUACACUCAUCUACAAACACAACUUAGAUUACCCAGACUUCUUUAGGAAGCUGUACGCGCUGUUCGAGCCGUCGGUGUUCCAUGUGAAGUACACGGCGAGAUUCUUCCACCUGUCUGACGUCUUCCUCACUUCCACACACAUCCCUGCGUACUUGGCAGCUGCCUUCAUCAAGCGGUUAUCCAGACUUGCCCUGUCUGCACCAGUCCAAUCUCUCCAAAUGGUCCUGGUUUUCAUCUCUAACCUGCUGAGGAGACAUCCCAACUGUCAGGUUCUGGUUCACAGAGGUAGUGCAGAAGGACUAGGCUCUGACCCCUACGAUGCGAGUGAGCCAGACCCAGCCAAGUGCAAGGCCAUGGACAGUUCCCUCUGGGAGGUCAAGUCUUUGCAGGCCCAUUUCCACCCGGCUGUGUCCCAGGCAGCAGGAGUGUUGGGGAAGCCGCUGUCCCCUCUGGAGGAGGACCUGUCUCAGUACCUGGAGUUGUACACUAGUGAGAUGUUUGAGAAGGAUCUGACCAAGCCUGACCAGGUUCCGCUUGAGUUCCACGUUCCAAAAGGGCUGUUUGGAUCUAAAGACCAGUUCCUCGACAUCUGGGAGACAGAACCACCAGUGAAGAAGCAAAAAACUGUCACUUGAU